UAGACCAUCUCGGAGCAAGGGUUUCCCACUCUGCAACUGUCAAUAGCAUCCCAUGUUUUCAUUAAGGUGGAGAUUAACCUGUAUCCAUAACCCUUUGCAGCCUCUUCCUGCUGUGCGUUUUCUCCUGUGAUGGCUGUGCUGAGGAGGGAGGAUGUCCAUCACAGAUCUGGCAUAUGGUGCAGGAGGGAUUUAUACAGAUCCUCAUGUUUGCUACCUCCUUGUCUCAGUGUUAAUCUCCUUUAUUUGGCUGGCCCCAGGUUGAAAGGAGUGUGUGGAGGCAGCUAGAAAUAUAGGGAAGAUAAAAUCUUCAACUUUUUUAGCUUAUUUGUGAGAGGAAAUGAUGGAGCCUGCCUCCUCUCUUCCCCUCAGUAAUAACAAGGCUUUUGCUCCUCACCUGGGGCCAGGCAUUAGGGUUAUACUUGCUCUUCAGCAGUUGUUCUUUUUGUCUUACCACUCUUCUGGCCUUCCUAUUUUCAGUUAUAAGGAGUACUAAACCUCUCUGACUGCCCAAGUCCUGCACUGUGCUUAAAGCUCUUCACUUCCUCACACGUCUGGUCUGCAGCUCUAUUCUUGCAUUGUCUACAUCCAAUUCAGUGCACUGCCUUCUGCACUGGGGCUUGCCAGAAUUUGGUGUGGUCAUGGUAGCCACACCAAAGCAACUGGAUAGUUGUGCCUCUUGCUUCAGGUGCUCUGCUCUGCCAUUUGGAGACUGCUUUGAGCCCAAAGACCCAGAGGUUGUGCUCUUAGUUGACAGAUUUGUGCAUUUAUUAACAUUUUAUGCCAUACAUGGUGAGCCAUAUUUCCCACAUGCUGUACCUGUAGACUUCUCAAAGUCUUUGCUCAGAAUCCUACUGAAUUCCUCUUCAAGCAGAGUUUCCCAGGUGCCUGGUGGCAGGCCUGACAGCCAGUGAUGCAUCCACCCAGCAUGGCUUGCAGUAUGUCCUCCCUGCAAAGCUUCUGGUCUGCUUUAAAAAUACCUUAUAAAGGGCUAGUCAGAUCCUACACCAAUUUCUGGAAAGCUUUACUGCAAUUAGGGAAGAGCAAAGCCACAGACAGUAGGAUGAGGAUGUGAAGGUGUGGUUUCAGGUAGACUAGGGUGUGCCAGCACGUUGCUGUAGGUAUGCACACAGCAACCAAGAUGUACAGAGACUUACUUCUGCAAAUAACUUAUUGCUCUGGAUCUCCCAACUGAGCUGUACACUAUCGUAUGGAUGUGCUCUCAAGCUCUCUACUGGUCAGGCACAUGUGGCAGGUGUAAGCCUCAGGGGAGCUGUAAGGAAGUUGAGGUCAAAUCCACCUCCCAGACUUCUGAAGGUGUAAUUCUUUCAGAUGUAUCACUGCAGAGCUUCUGGAAGGUUUUCAGUGAGAGUUGAGUGGAGCUCAUCAGUAACUCAGGAUCUGCAUUACAGGAGAAUACAACAGGAAUCCAGAUAAAUUCUAAGCUUCGGUUUCCAAGCUGGGAUAAUGGAGAGUUACUGACUUGAUAACUUUGUAAUUUAUUAUUGGUGGUGUCAGGCAAAAAGCCCAUUUCUGGUAAAAAGAGAACAUUGUGCAGAGGUAGUUCUGUGCUCCUCUACAUGUAUUUGAUGGGUAGUUCUGGGGUUGGUGUUGAUGCUUGUUAGGAAAAUGCAGAAGGGGGAAACACACUGUGGAGGUCAGCUGAUAGUGUGCAGAUAGAGCUUGGGCUAUGGAAGAUUUGGAUAGCUAGCGUGUUAUGGUGGAUUUCCUAAGAGUAUGGAACAAACCUAUGAAUAAUUAAAAGGACUGAUUAGCUGACUUGCUGGAUUUGCAAUUUGGAAUGGAAAAUUUUCCUCUUGCAAGCUACUUAUGUACUCUCUCUGACUAAAUAGCAUUUCUCAGCUCUUAUGCAUGACUGAAAUCUCAGCAGUGGUGGUGCUCGUGCACUCCUUGCUUUUUCUUUAUCUGCUCUGAUGUUUCAUUGGCAAUGACUGCAAACACAUAACUUACUUUCCCAAUAUUUUUAUCUUGACCUUUCUCUCUAGUUUUCCUCCUUCAUGGGGCCAUAUGUUAGUUAUGUUUUAAUUGUCCUUGUAUACUUAUUAUGACUAUUUUCUAUUUAAGUUGCUGUCUUUGUUAUUUUAUUUUUACAUUCAGUUGCACAUUUAUUUUACAUAAUAAUUUGGAGAUGAAAGUCCUUAACGUUUUUGUUUUUAUGUACUAUGCUUUCAGUGUUAUAACCAUACAAUUGUGACUACUCAUGGUGACAUAUGACUGCUAUGAAUGUUGAGCCUUUGCAAUGCAUUUUGGAGGUCACUGCUACACAUUUGAUGUUUAGGAGGUUGACAGGUAUGGCUGUAGUGUCCCCAGGAUGAAAUGUCUGAAUCUGGGCAGUCCUCAGCAGCUGCCACGCCGAGCACCACCGGAACCAAGUCCAACACUCCCACAUCAUCUGUGCCCUCUGCUGCUGUCACGCCCCUGAACGAGAGCAUCCAACCCAUCAGUGAAUACAAUGGCACAACCAAGAGCAACAAGAGGACACGAGAAAAGCGCAACAGCCGGAACAUGGAAGUGCAGGUCACACAGGAGAUGAGGAAUGUCAGCAUAGGUAUGGGAAGCAGUGAUGAGUGGUCCGAUGUUCAGGACAUCAUAGACUCCACUCCUGAGCUGGAUAUGUGUCAAGAUCCCCGCCUGGAACGCCCUGGGAACAGCCCAACCCAGGGGAUUGUGAACAAAGCGUUUGGCAUCAACACAGACUCUCUCUAUCAUGAACUUUCCACAGCAGGAUCUGAGGUGAUCGGGGAUGUUGAUGAAGGAGCAGAUCUGCUAGGGGAGUUCUCAGUACGGGAUGAUUUCUUUGGAAUGGGCAAAGAAGUGGGCAAUCUGCUGUUGGAGAACUCACAGCUACUGGAGACCAAAAAUGCUUUGAACGUUGUGAAGAAUGAUUUGAUUGCCAAGGUGGACCAAUUGUCUGGAGAACAAGAAGUACUGAAGGGAGAGCUUGAGGCAACAAAGCAAGCCAAAACCAAAAUGGAAACCAGAGUGAAGGAGCUGGAGGAAGAGCUGAAAAGAGUGAAAUCUGAAGCGAUUGUUGCCCGACGAGAGCCCAAAGAAGAGGUGGAGGAUGUAAGCAGCUAUCUCUGUACAGAAUUGCAGUGCUCCUCCCCUCUGCAGGACAACAUUCCCAUAGCUCAGCGCCGGCGCUUCACCCGUGUAGAAAUGGCCCGGGUUCUGAUGGAGCGCAAUCAAUACAAAGAGAGGUUGAUGGAGCUCCAGGAGGCUGUCAGGUGGACUGAAAUGAUCAGAGCUUCCCGUGAGCACCCGUCCGUCCAGGAGAAGAAGAAGUCCACCAUUUGGCAGUUCUUCAGCCGUCUGUUCAGUUCCUCCUCAAGUCCCCCACCAGCAAAGAGGACCUACCCAUCUGUGAACAUCCACUACAAGUCUCCAACCACAGCAGGGUUCAGCCAGCGACGCAGUCACACCAUGUGCCAGAUCUCCUCUGGCAGCCGCACCCUGGAGUUCUUCCCUGAGGAUGACUGCACGUCCUCGGCACGCCGCGAGCAGAAGCGGGAGCAGUACCGCCAGGUCCGGGAGCACGUGCGGAACGAUGAUGGGCGGCUGCAGGCCUGCGGCUGGAGCCUCCCUGCCAAGUACAAGCAGCUGAGCCCCAAUGGUGGUCAGGAAGAUACUCGCAUGAAAAAUGUCCCUGUGCCUGUAUAUUGUCGCCCACUUGUAGAGAAGGACCCAACCAUGAAGCUCUGGUGUGCAGCUGGAGUCAAUCUCACUGGAUGGAGACCAUUGGAGCAGGAGGCUGGGAAUGGGCAGAAACUGGAUCCUGGAAGAGAUCCUCUCACCUGCGAUCGGGAAGUGGAGGGUGAGAACAACAAAAGUAACCAUACAUCUCCUGAAAAGAAAAAGGCAAAGGAGUUCCAUGAAAUGGAUGCCACGUCCAGUCGUGUCUGGAUCCUCACCAGUACCCUGUCAACAAGUAAAGUUGUAAUCAUUGAUGCCAAUCAGCCUGGCACAGUGGUGGACCAGUUCACUGUCUGCAAUGCUCAUGUGCUCUGCAUCUCCAGCAUCCCUGCGGCCAGUGAGAGUGAUUAUCCUCCAGGAGAGAUCUUUCUGGAGGGCGAUGUAAAUCCUGAAGAGUCGUCUGGAACAGAUGGUGUCUUGGCAGGAAUCACUCUGGUGGGCUGUGCAACUCGCUGCAAUGUGCCACGAAGCAACUGUUCCUCGCGUGGUGACACACCUGUGCUGGACAAAGGACAGAGUGAAGUGGCUGCUGUCUGCAAUGGGAAGAUCAACCAAUCUCAGUCUACAGAGGAAGCAACAGAAGCUACAGAGGUGCCAGAGAAUGGUACAAGUGAUACAGAGCCCAUUCAAGCCCGUUCUGGACCCCUCACAGAGCAUGUAUUUACGGACCCAGUCCCUGCACAGGCACCUCUUCGUCAGAACGGAGAGAAUGGGCAGCUGAAAACAGAGUCAAGCACAGCACUGCCAGAUCAGGAGCUGAAUGGAGAUGCUGCUGGGACAUGCACCAGUGCUGCACCCACCAUGUGGCUGGGAGCACAGAAUGGCUGGCUUUACGUGCACUCUGCUGUAUCUAACUGGAAGAAGUGUCUGCACUCGAUAAAGCUAAAGGACUCCGUGCUGAGUCUAGUGCAUGUGAAGGGAAGGGUCCUUGUUGCUCUGGCAGAUGGAACACUGGCCAUAUUCCACCGAGGAGAAGAUCGUCAGUGGGAUCUCAGUAAUUACCACCUAAUGGACCUUGGUCACACUCACCAUUCUAUCCGCUGCAUGGCUGUUGUGUAUGACAGAGUCUGGUGUGGCUACAAGAACAAAAUCCAUGUUAUUCAACCUAAGACAAUGCAGAUUGAGAAGUCCUUUGAUGCCCACCCUCGGCGUGAGAGCCAGGUGCGACAGCUGGCGUGGAUUGGAGAUGGAGUGUGGGUUUCCAUCCGCCUGGAUUCCACCCUGAGGCUUUACCAUGCCCACAGCCAUCAACAUCUGCAGGACGUUGACAUUGAGCCUUAUGUCAGCAAGAUGCUAGGUACUGGAAAAUUGGGCUUCUCAUUUGUACGGAUUACAGCCCUGCUCAUUGCUGGCAAUCGUCUCUGGGUAGGAACAGGGAACGGCGUUGUCAUCUCCAUCCCACUGACUGAGACUGUAGUCCUCCACCGAGGCCAACUCCUUGGGCUCCGGGCCAACAAGACCUCACCCACCUCCGGAGAGGGCAGCCGCUCUGGCGGGGUCAUCCACGUGUAUGGUGAUGACAACAGUGACAAAUCUGCCAGCAGUUUUAUUCCCUACUGCUCCAUGGCUCAGGCACAGCUCUGUUUCCAUGGUCACCGUGAUGCUGUCAAGUUCUUUGUCUCUGUGCCUGGCAACGUCCUAGCAACUUUGAAUGGGAGCGUGUUGGACAGCCCCUCGGAGAACCCCAGCACAGCAGCCACAGAGACCGAGGGGCAGAAGCUGAAGAAUGUCCUGGUGCUGAGUGGAGGAGAAGGGUACAUUGAUUUCCGGAUCGGGGAUGGAGAAGAUGAUGAGACAGAGGAGAAUGCAGGAGAUGCCACCCAGGUGAAGCCAGUACUUUCUAAGGCAGAAAGGAGCCACAUUAUUGUGUGGCAGGUAUCCUAUAUCCCAGAGUGAGAAUUUCUCCUUUCCUACCAAUGUAAGUGUCCCUGUUCCCACCUGAAUGCCACGAUGUACAUACAGAACGCCUGCAUUAUACCUACUGCUGGAAACCGACCCCAGACAACUGCAGCGGCUCCUGCCUCAGACUGUGACCCCUUUGUAACCUCUGAACUUGCAGCUUUCAUCUUGGGCCCAUGAGCUUUCUGCGUGGUUGGAUUAUUGUUCUGCUCUGGAGCUGGCGUCUACAAGGAGAGAAAUGGCAGCGCGUUGAUAAAAGUGAAGCUUGGAGCCAGAGCUGUGCAAAAGCUUUGCCUGGGGCUGGGGAGCUGGACAGGUGGUGGGUCUGGUUCUCCAGCAGGAUGCCUUGCUCCCACCUGCAUGAGAAGUAGUGCAGCACCCUGGCAUCCCCGCCAAAGCAGCGAUGGAGGAUCACAACUCCUACAGCACCCCAGAAGAAAUCCUUCCUUGUUCACCAGUGGACUUUCCACCUUAUCCACUAUGUGCACCUGAGCAUAGAAUAAUAUCCCACAGACUGACAGCAGCCAGGUCCAAGGAGCCUUCAAUAGAAAGGAAUGUCGAGGUUGGGAAGCGCUUUUGCUGUUUGGCUGGAGAAGGUGGCAGGGCUGUUAGUGGGGGGAACACAUCCUCCACACUUGCAGAUGGAAAGUCUCCCUCCUCUUCUGCUGCUUUUAUCAUAGCAGUAGUGUGCUGGGUGACCGCAUGUGUCCAGAGGGGAUUGUUUGGUAGCCUCAGGUGGGUGACAGAUGGUUGAUUGUGGAGGCCGUGGGGCCUUUCAAAACUAUUAACAAAGAAGUACUGGAACCCUGUUAUUUUAAAGGGGGAAAAGGCAGUGAUAUUUUAACUCCCUUCUCUGAAAAAAAAAAAAAAAAGUCAAGCAGGAAAGAAUUGAGUUCAUUCGUUUUGUGAGCCUGAAAGCUUUAGGAGAAAGUUAUCUCUACAUAGGAUUUACUGGCUUUUAAAAUAGAGGCAGUGGCAGAUAAUGUUCGUCUGCUGUGAAUUCUGUGAAUUGAGGCCAGAUCUCCCAGCUCCUUUUACUCAGCAUCACAAGCACUGAUUGAAUUGGUUAGUGAGUGGUUUGAAAAGCUGGAUCUCUGUUACUCCUCUAAAGAAUGACAGCCUCUGAGAGAAAUUCUGACUGUGCUCCUUGUGCAAGCUGUGUGUCCUGCUUGUAGGAGAAGCAGCUGAAAAUGCAGCCAGGGAGAACAGUUUUAAGCUCCAUAUUGAAAGUGUGGCAGCUUCAGAUGUAGAGGCAGUGGUUUGUUUUCCCCUUCUGACAGUUGCAGCAGUUUCUUUCUCUACAAAGAAGAGCUGUUAGCAAUGAAUUUAGAAGAUCCUGGUGGCUGUCUUGUUGGUUUCCUGAGCUGUGCAGCACUGUGGAUCUCCCAAGGAUGUCCACCUCCAUCUCUGGGGAACAAGACCUGUGCUGCUUGUCAUGGUCCAGGCUGCUCCCACGCCUUGUGGUCUGCAGCUGUUUGUGUGCUGCAGGAACACAGCAUUCACUGGGGAAGUUUUAACACCUGUCCUCAUUCAGCAACCCUGAAAUGGUCUUUGGAUGCUCAGUUCAGAAAAGGCUGGGGCACACAGUUCCCAUCCAGGGAGGCAAGAAGACAUAAGCAGGGUGCAGAGGCCUCAGCCAUCAAAGUAUGGGGCCAUGGUGCUGCCCACACUGCCUGAGCAGCUGGUGACGUGAGGACCCACACUGCUCCUUGCAGAGGUAGGAAGCUAGCUGGGCUGUAUCUUCAAGCCAGGAUCUGUGGCUUGCAUUUGGCUGACUCUGCAAGCAGCCGUUCAUGUAGAGGAGAAUAUUUGAGAGGAGACAUCUCACCUGGGGCAGUGCUCACUCAUCCCCAGAAUGCUUUCUGCUAGAACAGGCUCUCUGGGUCACGGCACAGGGUGCAGUAACAGAUGUUGAGACAGCAGAUUCCACAGAUAUCUAACAGUUAGAGCCAGGAAAAUGGCAUACUUUGGUGUCAUUUAAAGGCAAAUGCAAUUCUUUAGGCAUGUCAAACCUUCAGCGUAAAAAUACAGGAUUGCAACGUUCUUACCUCUUACAAUUUGUUCUCUAUCUGGUUUUAGCAGUAAAAGUGACAAUAUUCAGUCUUCUGUCACCCACUGGUCCAUGGCAACAUGAGGAAACCACUCUUGGGCCUCUGCCAGCAGGUUCCUUCCCAGUUUGGUGCUUGGUUUCCUCCAGAAGAAGCACACGUGUCGGAGGGGUGGCUCCAGCUCAGCCUCUGCUAUCAGCUCCUGUUGGGAUGUGGUGGCUGCUGGGCAGCAAGGUGAGAACUGACUGGCUUCAACACACUUCCCUGUCAUAUCUCCACUGUGAUGUAUGUAAAGUAUCUUGUAUGUUACAAAAGGAUUUUAAAAAGUGUCUUAAGGCCUGUAAACUCCGCUGUUUGGUCUGAAGAUGGCAUUCUGUAAAGAGACCGCUGUAUGAAUACGUUCCCAUGCUUUUUUCCCUACGCUAUCAAACAACAAACCAUAUCUGUUCUGUAUGUAAUAAAUGUGUUAACAUCA